UGCGUGGAGGUCGCGUUCUAUCUGGAGUGCGCACGAGUCAAAGCAAACGAGCAAGUGAAACGAACAUUAAAUGUGCAUACUCAAUAUACAUACAUACAAAUAUAAGUACAUUAAUAGGAGUGCUAUAUAUAAUUAUAAAUCGUGGGGGCAGAAUAUGUCAAAUCGUGUCAAUCAAUAAUACAAACAUACUACAAAGUGAGAUGUAGUGGAAUUGCGACGGUUGCAAAAUCGAUUACAAUAGAAUAUGUACAAUGGAACUUAAAAUUUUGAGAGGAAAAUGAUAAGUGUUAAGUAUAAUUGAAAAAAAAAAUUUGAAAAGUACGAGUUUGAUACAAAAUGCAAAUUUCAUUUUUGUCGGAAGUUGUUUGAGCGAAUUGAAAGAAGAACUGAAAGAAGAACGAAAAGCCAAAUAAACAGUGCGAAUAAGUUGAUAUGACACUUUUGUGGUGAAUGCCAAUCCGUUGUCACCAGAACCUGAUGAAUGUAAAUAUAUCAACUUUGAAUAUAAGUAAAUUUGUAUAAGUACUCGUACACCCAAUGAUAUUAUAAAGAAGUCAUCAAUUGCAGUGCCUAACGACAACAAACAGACUUUCCUUAUCAUUCAUCAACAUCUGCAUUGUGAGAUCUCACCACGCCUGUUGAGCAAACAAAAGCAGCAAUCACAAACCGUUUGGCGACGGUAAUGAUUUUGUGAUGUAUAAAUCACUAUAUACAAAACAAAUCUGUAAUAUAACAGAGAUUUUCCAUCAAUUAAUAAUUACGUUAACUUCAACAGUAGCGGUGAUAGCUGUGCCAAUAGAUCAUGGAUAAACUUUUAUAGUUUAUAACCGAAUCAAUAACAAAAUAUUAUAAGCAGAUCGCAUAACAGUUAUAAAAAAUUUGAUUAUUCGCGCUGCCAUUAUUAUCAGAUAUUGCAGGUUUUACUGCUAUUAACAUCGGUCUUAGUUGUCCAGAAAAUGAUCAGUGAACAGUCUCUAACGCUGGCUUUUCGUGGUGGAUUUAGUUUAAUCGAUAAGCAAUUGAGGCGUGUUGGUGCAAAUCCGAUUACUUCCUCUUCAACCACAGCGGCUGUCGCCUAUCAAUAUUUGGACUUAGCAGCGUCAUCGGAGACAAAUAAUGUGUUAAAUAUGGAGUCAGCGGCAAGUAGUACAAUUAAUAAUUGUAACAUCAAUUCAAAUAUCGUUAACCGGAAUAACUGCAGUAAUAAUAUAAACAGCAAUGUGAUGAUUAAUCCAGUGCCUAAUGCUCCCAGUGGUUCUGUUGGUGGUGUAGCUAACGCAAACAGUUCUUAUCAAAAACAUUGCCCCCAAUCGGAGUCAUUGCAAACAAAUCCUCAAAAACAACAAACAGCUCAAAAGAAACAACUACAAAAUAACUCUAACAAUGUGAAGAGUGAAAGACUUAGUCCAGGCACCAACGGAGAUCAUCAGUCAUCAAUAUCGAGAUCCCGAAGCACCACACCUUCAUCGUUCCGUGGUCCUUCGCCACAACAAAUUUCUUCUGAAGCCCUAAUGCCACUAACUUCGCUCUUACGUAUUCAAGAAGUCACGUCUGGGCAUCAAACUCCUUGCGUUAGUGCCGCUAGCACCGAUACAGCUAAUUUAGGAAACACAACGACUGUGUUCCAGACAGAUUUCUCGUCGAGGAACUAUUCCGAUAUUAUGCGCAGUUUAGCAGCGAAAUAUAAUGAUGUCAACGCAAUAAACUCCAUUUCGACUCGUUGUAAUCCAUUUUUUGAUACAUCGUCGACUUCUUCUAUUCCUAUUGUCAACAAAAAUGUAAAUCAGAAAAGUGGCAAUAGGAACGUUGUUGGAGCUUUGUCGGGUCCCUUGACGAGUAAAGAUGCAUCGCCUCAAUUGAUACCUCGAUUAUCCAUUUCUCAAGGGGAUGUAGCGGUAGCGGCUGCAGCCGCUUCGUUUCUAAGUAGUCUCCCAUUCUCACAAAGUGUAUGCCUCCCAAUGAUCGAUAUGAGCAGUACUCAAGCAUUGAUUACUUUGGCGCGUGCAGCUAAAGAAGCAGAGGUACAGACCAUACUUCGCACCUUCCAGCAAAACUCGAAACAAAUGAACUCCAAUUCAAUCUUAUCGCAUCCUAACCUUGGUGUAGCAUUGCAACAAGCCGCUCAAUAUGUAUCUCCUGCACUCAGUCUUCCUGUGCUGCAGAAACAGCAGCAGAUUGCACCUUCACAACAGUCUAGUCCUCAACAUAAAUUAGUUUCUGCAUCGACUAGCUCCACUAUUUCAACAUCCAAAAGAAAAUCAACAGCUCCCACAAGCACAACGACCGUACCGCUUGAUUUGAGCUCUCAACCACCAGCGACUAAAAGAUUUAAGGUGGAAUUGAACACAGCAAUCCAAAGUAACGAAUCAUAUGGGUUGAAUGUAUCUAUGGGACAUGUGUCAUCAAAUGAAAUAAAAGCCUCCUCAUCACCAAUAUCUGAAAAUAAAUUAGUCACCGAUUCUACGAAGAAUAAUGCCUGCUUGUCCUUUUCACCAGAACCAUCCACACCAUGCAAUACUACUAUUCUAAAAUGUCAAGCUGAAAGUGUGGAAAUUGCCCAAUGGACAGUGGAUGACGUGUGUGCUUUUGUAGGUGAUAUUGAUAUCUGCGCGGACUACGUUCAGCAUUUUCGUGAUCAAUGCAUUGAUGGCAGUGGAUUACCCUUGCUAACUGAAGAUCAUUUGCUUAAUUCCUUGGGUAUGAAAUUAGGACCCGCAUUAAAAUUACGGUCAAAAUUAGCGAAGAGACUCGGUGGUCCUUGCCCCUGUGUGGCAUGCAUUACACGGGCACGACAAAUGCUAGUUUUACAAGCAGAAUCUAAGAAUGAUCAACCAAAGACAGCUAUAACAAUGUCUACCGAGUGUUCUCCAACAGAAAUUAGAACUAUAAGAUGUGAGGAAAGUAUUGAACUUCCCCAACUCAAAGACACAAAUGAUACAACAAAAGAAACCUUUAAAAAUAUACAGAAAGGUUCGCAAAAUCAGCAGUUUCUUGGGGAAGGACGAGAAACGAAGAUAUGCAGCAUUAGUGACAAUAAUGAAAGAACCAACAAUUGUAGCUCACUUAAAGUACAAAUAUGCGCCAACAUAUAUAAAAAUGAAGCAAACAACAACCAUCACAACAAUGACGAAGUAAAUGUUGAGAAUUUUAUUACCGGAACAAACGUUAAUGACAAAACAUCUAGUUACGUUCUCAAUACUACUUUUAAACCCCAAUCUAAUGAUAUCUGUUUAAGUAAUAAAAAAAGUUCCACUAACAGCAACGUCGUACUGGAAAGUCAGUUUGGAAAUUUAUCAGAUGAGGGUAGUUAGUCUUGGAUCUAUUACUGCUUUUGUUUACAAAUUUUAUGGUUGAAUGAAGUUUUUAUUCAAAAUUUUCAUGUGUACAUGGACAACAUUUUAUCAGUUUUUAAACAUUUUUUGGAGUAAAAUGUGUAUAAAAAAAAACUCUAACUCUCUCAAAAACUUAGCAACUAUUUUUAAUUUUCUCAUAAUAAAUACAGCAAAACAUAAAAUGUGUAUAAUGAUAGUCAGUCCAUUUGUGCAUGUCGCAAUAAGAAUUUUCAUAAUUCGUAGUAAGGCGAACAUGCCGAUAACUUUUAAUUUAAUAGUAGAUUUUACAUUAUUUAUUAUUCGGACCUUAUAGAACAUACUAUUGACAAUCUAGGGUAAUUUUUUUAUGCAGAAAUAUUGAAGCAUAAGCCGGUAACAGAGUUUCUCCCAGAACGUCUUAAGAAAAAAACACUUUGCGGCGUUCACCAUAACUCGGCUGGAAAUUAUUCGAAAAUAAAAAACCAAGAAAAAUUAGUCAGGUUAAUCAAAUCCUCCCCCUAUCGUUCUCUGAUAAUUUUUUUUUUUUUUUUUUAUUUAGAAAAUUUUGGCGGCAAUUUAAGGUGAAAACUGCUAUUUUCCACUAAAAACUUCCACCAUUUUGUCAGUGGAAAACACCUUUAAUGUAAAAAAGCAAAUUUUAAAAAACAAUGGGGGAGGUAUUUUAUACUAUAUGUCAAAAAUGUGUACAAAGUUUGAAAUGAAUCGGUUAAGUAGUAGAAAUGUCAGUGAACAUGGACUUUGAUAAAGUAAUUUUGAGAAAAACGCGUCUAAAAUUUAUAAACUAAAAAAGUGAGAAAAUAAAUACCCUUUAUUGUCAAAAGUGUGCUCAAUAAUGAACAAAAGGUACGAAUAAAAUUACUCAAUCCAUAUUUAAGAAAUAAAUUCGGAAAAAAGUAAUUUUCUCUUACCAUGGAAACCUUACCUACCCUCCUUUAAGCAAAAUAACUAAUCAUAGUGCUUUUAAAAUUUGACGAUGAAAAAACAAAUAGAAUUAACAAAAUUCGAGAGCGAAUGAAUAUAACAAAAUUGUAAAAUAUAAAUGUAAUGUAACAAUAACUAUAGCACAUUUAAAAAUGUUCGCGUUCAACUGCAAACAAGACUAAGAAAUUUUCACGUUCAGAAGUUUAAUCAAGUAUAUAAAGCAUUUACUAUAUCUACUCAUAUUUAUGAGUCGUAAAGGUUUCAUAAAUCAUAAAUUUUGAUUUCCAGUUUUUUAAAUAGUGUAUCCCUUUAUAUGGGUUGCCCUUCAUUUAAUGUACGUUUAGCAAUAUAAGUGAAUAUUAUAAACAACAAGAGGUCAAAGUCUUCCACUGAUAUUGUUAUAAAUAAGAUCUUUAAGCAGGAAACUUGAAAUAUAUAAUAUGUACUAUAUGUAGUUUCUUUUAAAGACAAGAGUAUAUGCAAUAUAGUUUGAAGGAAUCUUGUAAAAGAAUAUUAUUUCAAUUUUUAUACUGUCACUAUACUUGUGAAUAAUUUUUAAAGCCGAAAUCAUUUAUUAGUCAAAUUAUUAUGCAAACUACCUUCUGUAUCCACCCUAUAAAAAGUACUUAAGUUUCUAGAAACAUUCAGUUUAGCAUGUAAUAUUUAGUGUAAUGUUCGUUUAUAUUUAAGGCAAUAUAGUCAACUUUGAUACAAUACAUAUGAUAUACAUACAUAUAUAUAUAUUUUUUUUUUUAAGAAAUUACUGAUUUAUUGAUAAGUUAUUUAUUGCUAGUCAGUAUAAGAUUAUCAAUAUUUAUGGAUAUAAUCGUGCGCUUUAUGCAAAAUGCCAAAAUUUGUUCAACAUACUUAUGUAUCUUUAUGAAAUUAAAAUAUCUUUAGCACUCAUAAGUCGAAGUCUUUUAAAUACUGAUUUCAGUUUGAUGCUCUACUACGUACAUACAUCGACGUAGUAAAUUUCAAAAUUAAAUUUGUAUAGAAAUCUUUCAUUUCACACUUUUAUAUAAUAUUUGCUAAAGGUAUGUAUUAUAUAACAGCAAAUUCUAUUCUAGGAUUUAUCUUCUACUGAACGAAAGCUUUAAUAAACUCCAAAUGAGACACUAAUAAAGCUAAAGCUUUGGCAAAUCAUAUAUGUAUGUACACAUACAUAUUUAUAGGAAACGGC